AUGUUCCUCCAGAAGCUCCUGGUGUGGCUCAGCGAUGGGGUGGCCGCUUUCCUGGGGAGCCAGCCGAUGCGGAGCUAUUACCACCUGUGGCUAGCCUGCCUGGUCAUCUUCGGACCCCUCCUGCAGUUCCACGUCAACCCGCGCCUCAUCUUCGCCAACAAGAGGAACUACUUCCACGUCCGCCUGGUUGAGUCUGCCUGGUCCUGGACCCUGCUGCUGACCGGGGGUUACCUGCUCCUCCUGGCCUACCUGUCGUCGGGCAGCCUGCUGACCACCCUGCGCCACUUCAGCCGGCUGACCGUGGGCACGGGCUUGCGGCUGCUUUGCGACCGGGCCUUCUCCUGGUUGGAGGCGGCCACCGGCUCCUGCUUCCGGCCCACCGCCCAGGGGCUGCUGCUGCUGUCCGAACCGCUCGACCGGGACGGCUGUCUGCGCCAAGGUCACGUCUGGCUGGGCUACCGCGUCUCGGCCGAGUCUUUCCUGCUGACCUACGCCUCGCUGGUGCUGGCCGAGGAGCUGUCGGCCUUCAAGCCCUACCUUCGGCUCCGGUUCCCGGCUGGCGCACCGCUGCGGCUCCUUUACCUGCUGGCCGCCACCUUGCUCCUCCUCUGGAACGCCCUGCUGCUCGCCAGCGUGGUCUUCUUCCACCAGUACUCCCAGAAGAUCGUGGCGGCCGGCUGCGCCCAGCUCUGCUGGCACCUGACCUACCGCCGCUGGUACCUGACCCGCUACUCGCCGCCGGCGCCGACCCACGACCUCCUCCUCCUCCUCCUGCUCCUCCGGCCGGGCUCCGGACCCCAUCCUCGUCCGGGCCGGCGCUGCGUUUGUGGGGCCGGAGCCGGAGGGGAGGUCAGCUGGGAGUCCACGACGGAGACGCUGCUCUGCCGGGAGUAG